AUGGCCGCGUCCACCACGUCCGUCUGCUCCAGCGCUUACUCCGACUCCUGGCAGGUGGACGACUGCCCAGAGACCUGCUGUGAGCCUCCCUGCUGCGCCCCCAGCUGCUGCACCCCGGCCUCCUGCCUGACCCUGGUCUGUACCCCAGUGAGCUGUGUGUCCAGGCCCUGCUGCCAGGUGGCCUGUGAGUCCAGCCCCUGCCAAUCAGGCUGCACCAGCUCCUGCACACCCUCGUGCUGCCAGCAGUCUAGCUGCCAGCCGGCUUGCUGCACCUCCUCCCCCUGCCAGCAAUCCUGCUGUGUGCCCAUCUGCUGCAAGCCUUCCUGUUGUGUGCCCGUCUGCUGCAAGCCUGUCUGCUGCAAACCCAUCUCCUGUGUGCCCGUCUGCUCUGGGGGUUCCAUUUCAUGCUGCCAGCAGUCUAGCUGCCAGCCGGCUUGCUGCACCUCUUCCCCGUGCCAGCAGUCCUGCUGUGUGCCCAUCCGUUGCAAGCCUGUCUGCUGCAAACCUGUCUCCUGUCUGCCCAUCUGCUCUGGGGCUUCCACUUCAUGCUGCCAACAGUCUAGCUGCCAACCGGCUUGCUGCACCACCUCCUGCUGCAGACCCUCCUCCUCCGUGUCCCUCCUCUGCCACCCCGUGUGCAGGUCCACCUGCUGCGUGCCCAUCUCCUCCUACUGUGCCCCUGCCUCCUCCUGCCAGGCCAGCUGCUGUCGCCCGGCCUCCUGCGUGUCCCUCCUCUGCCGCCCCGUGUGCUCCCGCCCGGCCUGCUGAGGGCUUGGCUCAGGCCAGGAGUCCUGUUGCUGAUGGGCACAUCCCCAGGACCAACUGGUCCUGACUUGGGUUAGAGGUUGCCCCCACCUGGGACGGGGCCCCUAUGUGCUGAGGUGACCUCCCCCUCUUUGCUCCCAGGAGCCCCCAUCCACGCAGCUUCCCAGCUCUUGCCUCCUAGCAGGUGCUCACCUGCCUGCUGGAUCCCCUGUCCUCCCUCCCAGCUUUUCUGCCUCGGGUCACUUGGCCUUGACUUGAACCUGUCAGCACCUCUUCCUGCUCCCAAAUAAACUCCCCUUGGUCACCUGA